GGCGCUUAAUUGUAGUCGUGUGUUUUCUGUUCUUCUUGUCCCGCUGUCGCCAUGGCAACCGCUCUCUGCCCGCUCCGAGCCCUCGGCCAGACCGCGCUCCGGCCCCGCGCCCGCCGCCUGCACCUCAGCGCACCCAGAGAUGAUGCUGUUGUGAUUUCUGGAAGGAAGCUGGCCCGGCAGAUCAGACAAGAAGCCCGGCAUGAAGUUGAACAGUGGGUAGCAGCUGGGAACAAGAGACCUCACCUCAGCGUGGUUCUGGUUGGUGAAAAUCCUGCAAGUCACUCCUAUGUGUUGAACAAAACCAAAGCGGCUGCUGAUGUGGGAAUCAGCAGUGAAACAAUCCUCAAGCCAGCUUCAAUUACUGAGGAGGAGCUACUGGAUUUGAUCAGCAAACUGAAUAACGAUGCCAACGUGGAUGGCCUGUUAGUGCAGCUUCCUUUACCUGAACACAUUGAUGAGCGGAAGAUUUGCAAUGCUGUGACUCCAGACAAAGAUGUUGAUGGCUUUCAUGUGAUAAACGUGGGGCGCAUGUGCCUUGACCAGUACUCCAUGCUGCCAGCCACCCCGUGGGGGGUGUGGGAGAUCAUAAAGAGAACAGGCAUCCCAACGUUGGGGAAGAACGUGGUGGUGGCUGGCCGGUCGAAGAAUGUGGGGAUGCCCAUUGCCAUGUUGCUGCACACAGAUGGCAGGCACGAGCGCCCAGGAGGUGAUGCCACAGUCACAAUAUCACACCGCUACACUCCCAAGGAGCAGCUGAAACAACACACGAUCCGUGCUGACAUCGUGGUAGCAGCAGCAGGUAUUCCUAAUCUGAUCACAGCUGAUAUGAUCAAAGAAGGAGCUGCAGUUAUCGAUGUGGGGAUAACUAGAGUGCAGGAUCCUAUCACUGCCAAAUCAAGGCUGGUUGGCGAUGUGGAUUUUGAAGGGGUGAAGAAGAAAGCCAGUUACAUCACUCCUGUCCCUGGGGGAGUUGGGCCCAUGACAGUUGCCAUGCUGAUGAAGAACACCAUCAUUGCUGCCAAAAAGCUGUUGAAACCCAAAGCACUGGAAGCCUUAACUGCUUAACACAGGACUCUCUUUUUAGCUCUGAAAACAACAUUCCAAGAUGACUCCUAGACAGGCCGAUAGAAAAUGCAAUACUUUAUUUAUUGUACAGAGGUGGUAUUUACUAUUCUGAGGUCAUAGGUAUUUAUUUGAAGCUGAAGCAUAUGCGGAUUAGCUGUAAUAAGGCAUAUGCACCUACACUCCUGGCCUUCUAGCACAGCUGCUUUUUAAACCAGCACUUCUCUAGUGGAGCCAGCCUUGCAGACUGUGUUGUUCUGGUAGGGACUGGGCAGCAGGGGAGACCCUCUGGGUGUGCAGAGCUUGCUGCAGUGUUAGCAGGCCUGGGCGCAGUGGAGUGGAUUGUGCUCCACAGUGCAAAAAGAACGGCCUUCGUGGUUCUGUUCUCACAGAUGCUCAGUCAGCUCAGACUUUGCUCUGAAGCGUUUAACUCUGUGAUGGGUGUUCAGUUGGAGUUGAGCUCUUCUGUAGAAGCAGCGACUGGAAGAAGCCGUGUUCUCAGCCUGGCUGGGGCUCUGGGCAGUGGCAGAGCUGAUGUACCAUGUUCAUCGUGUGCAGCUAAGCUUUUUUGUUUGUUCCUGUUUGUAUGGUGACUUUUAAAAGCUUUUUCUUCAACCAAAGAGCAA